AUGUUUCAAAUCCUUUUCACCUUUAUAGUGGUAUGGCUUAUUACUUACGGCUUAAUUCCCGUGGUAAAAUUAUGGCAAUGCGGUUGUAAGCAUCCUAUUCCUAUACCAUUCUUUGGUACCAUGUUAUGGAUAUAUAUAAAUGGCUUUCAAAAAUGCUACAUAGAAUGGAAUCGUAAAUAUGGGCAAUUUUACGCUGCAACUCGAGGACACGACUUGAUUUAUAUGGUAAGCGACCCUAUUUACCUCAAGGAAAUUCUGGUUAAAAGUUUCUCUAAUUUCCAUAAUCGAAGAAUGUUCCCACUUUUUAAUAAAUAUUUUGGCAAGUCAGUUUUUGUGACUAGAGACGAACAAUGGCGUGUGACCCGGAAGCUCAUAUUACCUACUUUUACUUCUCACAAAAUGAAAACCGAUAUGUUUCCUCUCGUUAUUAAAUGCGCUUCUAAAAUGGUCGGAUAUUUAAAGGACUCCUUGAGUAACGAUCCAAUUGUCAAUACUAAAGACAUUUUUGGAUGUUACACGAUGGACACAAUCGCUUCAACCGCUUUUGGAUUAGAGUUGGAUUCGCACAAAGAAAUCAAUCACGACUUUGUCAGAAAUGCGAGAAAGGUGUUUGAAUUCAACGUGACGAGGCCGAUAUUUGCCUUAAUAGAAAUUUUUCCCGUGAUAAUUCCUUUGGUGAAUUACUUUAAGCUAUCAAUUAUUGAAGAUUCGACAGCCAAUUUUUUUUCAGGUAUCGUUGAAGAUACCAUUCAAAAGCGGCAAAAGUUUAAUAUAGUUAGAAACGAUUUUCUGCAAUUACUCGUCGACUCCAACAAAGCAUAUAAUUUAAGUCACUCUAAUUCAAAUGAGUCGCAAAAAGCAAAUAGUUGUAUCUAUGAUAAUAAUGGGUCCAAAGAUUUAAACACUAAUAAAAUUUCUGAUGGCAUAACCUCACAGGAAGAUGGUGGCACGGAAAUUAAGGAAGGAAUUGAUAAAGAAACUGCAUCAACCUCUGGAUUGUCUAAAGAACAGUAUAUUGCUAACGCGUUAUUUUUUUUCAUAGCCGGCUAUGAGUCAACUGCAAAUGCUUUAGGUUGGGUAGCUCGCACUUUAGCCUGGAAACCUGAAGUUCAAGAGACACUGAGGCAGGAAAUUAAGCAAAAAAUUAGUCAAAAACGUAAACUUCUAAAUUCAGAUUCAACCUCUAUUUCUGACAUAAUAGACUACGAGGAUGUCACAAAUUUAAAAUAUAUGGAUCAAGUUAUUAAAGAGGUUAUGAGAUUACACCCCCCAAUCACAUUUUUUGAUAGAAUGGCAGAGGAGGACUAUUAUUUGGGAGACACAUUAAUUAAAAAAGGCACUGUCAUUGUCGUACCUGUCUAUGCCUUGCACCGAGAUGAAAAUAUUUGGGCAUCACCUAAUGAAUUUGAUCCGAAAAGAUUUGACAUAGAUGAUACUGCUAUGGAACAUCAGUAUAAUUUUAUGCCAUUUGGUUAUGGUCAGAGACAGUGUGUGGGCUUACGUUUUGCCAUGAUGGAAAUCAGAAUUGGUCUAACUUUAAUACUAGGGUCCGACAUACAAUUUUUUUUGGCACCUGGAGACAUUGAUUCUGAUUUAACUCCUGACAACACAAAAUUUAAAAAAAAUGGCAUAAAUUAUCCUAUAAAUGGAAUAAAAGUGGGAGUAAGAUACAUCAAAAAUAAAUGA